AUGAAGAAUAUAUCUUUCUCUUUUCUUGCUACCUUGUUCCUUUAUCUGACAUUGUCCUCUGCCAGAACACUGGGCAAGGAUGUCAGCAAGCGAGUCACCGCUGGCUCCCUUCAACAAGUGACCAGCUUCGGAAGCAAUCCCUCUGGCACUUUGAUGUACAUCUAUGUUCCAAAUAAGUUGGCUACCAACCCCGGAAUUAUCGUCGCAAUUCAUUACUGCACUGGAACCGCCCAAGCAUACUACACCGGAUCUCCCUAUGCACAGCUGGCAGAGGAGUAUGGCUUCAUUGUCAUCUACCCUCAAAGCCCUUAUAGUGGAACCUGCUGGGAUGUCAGCUCUCAGUCUGCUCUGACCCAUAAUGGCGGCGGUGACAGCAACUCGAUCGCCAACAUGGUGACCUGGACUAUCAGUCAAUACAAUGCGAAUACCAGCAAAGUAUUCGUGACGGGAUCCAGUUCUGGAGCCAUGAUGACGAACGUCAUGGCAGCCACUUACCCUGAGCUCUUCGCUGCGGCGACAGUCUACUCCGGCGUUGGUGCGGGUUGUUUCUACUCUUCCAGCAACCAAGUCGAUGCGUGGAACAGCAGCUGUGCCCUAGGCGAUGUCAUCAGCACUCCCGCCGUCUGGGGCGGCAUCGCCGAAGGCAUGUACUCCGGGUACUCUGGUUCACGACCCCGAAUGCAAAUCUACCACGGCAGCGCCGACACGACUCUUUACCCACAGAACUACUACGAGACUUGUAAGCAGUGGGCCGGCGUCUUCGGAUAUAACUAUGACUCUCCCCAGUCGACCCUCGCCAACACCCCGGAUGCCAACUACCAGACCACCAACUGGGGCCCUAAUCUUCAGGGUAUCUAUGCCACAGGCGUAGGUCAUACAGUCCCCAUCCAUGGAGCGCAGGACAUGGAAUGGUUUGGCUUUUCGGGUAGUGGUUCGUCGUCUACCACGACUGCGUCGGCGACCAAGACCAGCACGACGACGACUUCUACUUCAAGCACCUCGACUUCCACCGGUGUAGCGGCGCAUUGGGGCCAGUGUGGAGGCUCUGGAUGGACAGGUCCUACUGUGUGUGCAACCGGAUAUACUUGCACUCUCGUCAAUGCGUGGUAUUCCCAGUGCCUGUAA